AUGGCCUCGCAGGGGAUCCCGCCGGGAAUGAGCUCCUAUCCUCUGCCCAAGAUGGCCGUGGUCGAGUUCACGGGAUUUCUCAACAGGGAGCAUCCGGGAAUUACGUCUGUCAGUCUUGAUCCCGGCGUCGUUCCAACGAAUAUGGGCCUUAGUGUACCAUUCCCCCAGCCGUUCGUCAGGGAUGCUCCUGAACUGUCUGAUGUUGCUGCUGUGUGGCUGUCGAGCUGCGAUAAGUCGUUCCUCUCAGAUGUCGAAGAACUCAAAAAGAGAAAGGAGGAGAUCAGUGAUGGUGAAUUGCUGAUGCUUGGGCUGAAGGGAAGUUUCGGGGAGCCGAAUGUGGUUGUUGAAGGGUAA